AUGGGUUUGCGGGAGCUGACCUGGUCCGUGGGGACCACGGCGAAGGGCUGCAGGGAGCGCACAGCCGCCGCCGAGGCCGGCACGGGCAGGAGACUCCAGCCCAAGGAGCCUGGGCUGGGUCUCCACUCCCAAUUCGAUCCCUCCUUCGGAAACACACUCUCACUGGGAACAGAACCGGACCUGGGUCUCACUUUGCUUUGGAUAUUUCUUGCUGCAGGAAAAUGUUUGCUUGCCCACCCUUUCGAGGCAGACGAGAAGAAAGCCGACGCCUGCCACCAUCCCAAGCAGCGACAGCGGAGAAAACCCCGAGUUUUGUUCUCCCAAACUCAGGUGUUUGAACUGGAGCGGCGAUUUAAGCAACAGAAAUACCUCUCCGCUCCGGAAAGGGAGCACCUCGCCAGCGUGCUCAAGCUUACCUCCACGCAGGUGAAAAUCUGGUUCCAAAACCGAAGGUACAAGUGCAAGAGGCAGAGGCAGGAUAAAUCCCUGGAGCUGGCUGCCCACCCGCUGCCCCCGCGGAGGGUGGCGGUGCCCGUGCUCGUCAGGGACGGCAAACCCUGUCUCGGGGGGUCCCAGCCUUACCCAGCCCCGUACAGCCUCACCGCCAGCCCUUACUCCUAUAGCUCCUACUACAGUGCCUAUAGCGGCGGCCCCUUCGGUGCCAGCUACGGGGGGGGCUACGCCGGGGUGACCCCCAGUGCCACCCCGGGCAGCCCCGCCGGGAACGUGAGCUUGGGUAUGGCCAGCGGCGCUCAGCACCAGCCCGCGUGCUUGCAAGCCGCCAUGCAAGCAGGGAUCAGGGCUUGGUAGAUGGCCACGGGGGACAGGACCGCCGGAGAAGUUGCCGAGGAAAGCCCCCCUCCGCUCCAGACUCCAGCUUUUGUCGGGACUGGAGACAAAUCCGGAGGGUUUCUGCCACCCCGGACAGUGGGACGUCUCCGGAGCAUCCGUCCCCUCCAGGUAGCUCGUGCCGCUCCAGCAUUGCGACUUUGGGGACCCGAUGACUGAGGGCAUUUAUUUAUUUAAACACAAAUGUUUCGGA